CUUUUGGAGCAGACAUGGCACAUUUCAGAACUCAAACAAUCCUGUGGAAAUGGAAGCAACAGCAAUCCCAAUUCCUGCAAAUCUCAACACUAGAAAUCCUCUCUCCUCUUAUUCCUUCCCAUCUCUGUCCCUCUUUCCUUCCAAAGCCUCUCUCUCUCCUUCUAAUCCAAACAGGCGACUUCUACAAAUCAAAGCAAAACAGUUGAGGAAUCUCAAACCAGUAAAAGCCUCUGCUUCUUAUAAUCCUAGCCCUUCUUCUGAUUCUUCUGAGAGAUGGCUUCUAGAACCAAUAGGUGAUGGAGAUACAAGACACAUCGGAUUUCGAGUUCCGCUGCCAAAUGCAUUUGAAAUAGCUUCGAAUACUGUUACGGUGGGCCGUGUUCCUGAGAAAGCCGACAUCGUAAUUCCGGUCGCAACAGUAUCGGGUCUACAUGCCCGGCUCGAGAAGAGAAAUGAGCCCCUUUUGGUCACGGAUUUGGACAGCACGAACAGAACAUUCAUCGAUGAAAUGAAGCUCAAGCCCGGCGUUGUUACGCCCGUACUGCCUGGAAGUUGUCUUACAUUUGGUGAUAUCCAUCUAGCGAUUUUUCGGGUUUUGAAGCUCGAAAAUGUGGAUCUCCCUAGCAAACCAGAUGAAUCUGAGAUGAAAGCCGAGGCGGAUUCUGUGAGCGUCAAUGCAGAAACAGCAACUUAGAGAAAUGUGCAUUUGUAGGUAUUUGUGGGUCGAUUAUAUUUCCGUAAUUAUUCCGUAAAAUAUUAAAUUAUAUCAAUUUUUGGUGGGAAAAAAGAUUAUUUUUUUCUUCCUUAAACAUGGAUUUUGCUUUUGAGUAAUUUUGAAUUUUAUCCACCGUGUGAGACUUUUAUGA